AAUGUCUGAUGAAGAUGAUAUACCUGAGGAAGAAAAUAAUCUUGGGCAUUAUGAAGGAGAACGAAAUGAAGCUGAACAGCGGCACGGAAUGGGUAAAGCAUUUUUUCCAAACGGAGAUACCUACGAGGGAAUGUAUGCUCUAGGCAAAAGAAAUGGAAAGGGAGUUUAUCACUUUGCAACUGGAGCUGUUUUUGAUGGAGAAUACAAGCUUAACAAAAAAGAAGGAAGUGGCAUAAUGACUUAUCCUGACGGAUCUAAAUAUGAAGGUGAUUGGUUAGAUGACGUUCGUCAUGGAAAAGGUAUAUAUUGGUAUCCUAAUGGUGAUAAGUACGACGGUGAUUGGUUGAGAAAUUUUCGAAAUGGCAGUGGGGUUUAUUUAGAUGCUCAAUCUGGUUCAAAGACUCUAGGAACAUGGUACAAAGGAAAACUUCACGGACCUGUUCAAAUCAUUCUUGCAAGUCAUAUAUUUGAAGGAACAUAUCAGGAAAACUACAUAAAUGGAGCAGGAAAAUUUAUUUUUCCGUCUUAUGGAGUUGAGCUGAGAGGAAGAUACAAUCUAAUUGAAAAGAAUGGUGGAGAAGAACAAGAAUUGGCCGAUGAAGAAAACGCUGAAAAACAGAAAGAGUCUGUUUGGAAAACUUACAGUAUGAAUCCAUUAGAAGAAAAGAAAGAAGAAGAAAUAAAGAAAGAAGACGUAAAAGUGACAGAGGUAAAGAAAGAAACCUUGGCGGAUAAAAGUUCAAAAAGUAAAGAUGUAAAUAAAGAUGAUUCGAGAAAAGAAGAAGAAAUAAAAAUAGAAGAAGAAAGUUCUGGCUAUAGAACUGGAGGUCCAACAUUCAAAGCCGGUUCUGGUCAUAUAUUAUGCAAAUGUCCAAUUGUAAAAUGUGAUGAUUUCAUUUGCACCGAUGAUUGUGAUAAAGAAGUUCAUUGUAAAUGCAAAUGUAUCAAAGAGUACAAAAUACCAUCUAUUGACGUUAAGUUUAUAUAUUUUCAAAGAAUUAAAACAGGAACUGUUAGCAAGUUUCAAAUUGGAUUACCUGAUAAUAUGGGGUAUCUGUACGUGCUACAGCUACAAGAAAAAGUUAUCUCUGAUCUUAAUAAGGAUUUUGACAAAAUAGCAAAAAGUGGAGAAGUAAAAUGCAUAUUUUUUGAUGGGAGAAUUGAUCAAACCAAGCAAAUGAUUGAACUUGAUGAUUCAAAUGCAAAAUUUCCAGUAACAGUGAAAGAAGAACAUUACUCUGUUUGUAUGGAACCUGGAAGAAAAUAUUUGUUUCACUUUACUCCUGAGAAAGCAACAAAUAGUGUUAAACAUGCAGAGAUUAUAGCAAAUAAAAUUGUUGAAUGGCUGACUGAGAGAGGUAUUGACGAGUCUUUACUGGCUGUUUGUGGAGACUCUACAAAUGUAAACACCGGCUAA